AUGAUCGAUUCAACAGAAUCUCCAUAUGGAACACUCCUCAAGAAAUUCGUCACUGACCCACAAGUGAUUCGAUUCGUUGUCUUGUCGCUGCUCAUGACCUUCGCUUUUCUGAUUGGAAUCACUCUCAGAUAUUGGUGUGGACAUCGAAGAAAGGGGAACAAUAUGACGAAUGCUUUGGCCACCAUCAAUCAUCACAAAAUCUCCUAUCGAUACUACAAUGCUUCGUAUCAAAAAAUUGAGAGCGAGCAUCAUCGCAGCUCUGCCAGUCGUGCAUUUUAUGCUAACAAUGUG